AUGAAUAAAAAAGCAAUUAACUAUGAUAAUAAUUAAAGAUGGGAGGCUAAAAAAGCUGAACGAUUAAAAAAACCAUAUAAAUAAACAUAAAAAUCUAGAUAAAGAUCAGCUGAGAUGGCAGAAAAAUAUAGUUAAAAUCCUAAAAAAUUAAUAUUAGGAUUAGCAAGAGUGAAGCACAGUAAAAGUCCUGAUUAAGAUUUAGAAAAUAAGCCAGGAUGGAAUGAUAGAACUGUAGUGUAGCGUGAUUAAUACAAAGAAAAACUUGAGUCCAGAUUUAUAAGAAGUGAUUAUGGUAAAGAGAAUCCUCCUAAAAAACAUAAAAGUGAAAGUUCAUAAAAAUUAAAAUUGAUUCAUUAGAGCCAGCAAUAAUUAUAAAAACUAAAGGAAGUUGUUAAUACAGAAAAUAUGGUGAAAGGUGCUGAAAUUUCAAAGAAAAGCUAAUUGGAAAUAUAAAACUUAAAAGCUUAAAUGGAUAAAGAUUCUAAAAAUUUUUAAGAAUAUAAUCAGUAUUUAGAUGAAAAGUAUUAAAAGCUAGAGGAGUAGAAAAAUUUAAACAAAUUUUUACAAGAGUAGGUUAAAAUUAUUAGAACACAUAAAAAAGACUUAAGUAAGGCUUAAGCUUUGUAGGGUAAUAAUAAAUCAAGAUCCCUUUCAUAACAUUCAUAAGAAAGAAAUAAUAAAUCUCUUUCGAAAGAACGCUAAGCUAUAUCAUCUGAAACUUGGAGCUAAAAGCUAACAGAUAUGAAAAAUAAGGCAGAGAAUAAUUAGUAAAAGCUAUAAUUUAGAAAUAAUUUCUUUUAAUAAGAAGAUUUAGAGCUUUAAGAAUAAGAUAAAAGUGGUUUAGAUUUAUAUCCAAGGAGAGAAAAUAAUUAUGAUAAUAGAAUACUUCAUUCUAGAAACCGUUCUUAAGAAUCUUAUUCAAAUAUUAGUAGACCUUAAAGGAGAAAUUUUGUAGAUCAUUCACAAGAAUCUGAUCACUAUGAUAAACUAUUAGAAAUUAAUUAAUAAGAAGCAUGGAGAUAGUAUGAAAUACAUGAGUCAAUAAAAUAAAUGAAAAGAGAAAAGUUAGUUGAUAAAUAAAAUUACAAUGCUGUUGAAAAGGCUUUAAGUAAUCUAGAUGAAAGAAUUGAGCCAAUUAAAAUAUAAUCUGAAUAAUAAAAGAGAAAUGCUGUCUUCAGCGGCAAUUUAAUAGGAAGGGCUACUACUAAAUUAAUAAAAGUGCAUCAUUAAAAAAUAAUAGAAUUAUUAAUAGAUGAUUUACUUUUAGAAAUGGUUGGUAUUUUAACAGUUGAGGAAUCUAAAAACCAAAAUCAUUCAGAAAAAAUAACUCGUGAAUGCUUAGUAAAUGACUACUUAGAAGAAUUUAGAGAAAUGGCUUAUGAAUAAUGUGAAAUUGUAGAUAGAAUGAAAGAAUAAAAAACUACAAAACAAGAAUUUUUGAAUUUGAGGCAUACUACUCCUCAUGAAUACAAAGCUUUUAUUGCUAAUCCUACAAUUAUUUAGUUUGAAAAUAUCUAAGUUGAACUAAGUCUUGGUGUAAUUGUAAAUGUCCUUGAAAAAAGAAGCGAAUUUUUAAGAAAAACCUAAAAAUUAGAUCAUUAUACAAAGAAAAAUAUGAAUGCUUUUGCUUCCAUUACUGAAAAAUUAUUAGAUGAUAUUUUACUAGAUUUAGCUAAAGAAUUAGAUGAAACUAACUCACAAUAUGCUGAAUUAAUGUUUUAACACGAAUUUAAAUGA